UUGCACUAUAAAGUCCCUUCAGCGACGUCACGUUUGCAUCAGCCGCCUGGAGAGGCCUCAGAACUGGGGGGAAAACUCCUGUGAAGUGAGAUUUGUGAUCCUGGUCCUGGCUCCUCCCAAGAUGAAAAGCACCAAAACGGCCACAGAAGUGGGCAGGACCUUUGCCACGAUGUUCUCCGACAUCACCUUUCGGCAGAAGCUCCUGGAGACCAAAACUGAGGAGGAGUUCAAGGAGGCCUUGGUCCACCAGCGGCACCUGCUGACGGUGGUGAACCAGAGACCCUCGGGGAGGAGCGAUGGCCACAAGCCACACGGGCAUAAACCGCUCAGGCUGCACGAGUUCCUCAACGUUGGCAAGGGGAUUUCUGAUGACAUUGCACGAAGGUUUCCAGUGUACGCGUUGGACUUCACCGAUGGUGUUAUUGGAAACAACAAAGCUAUAGGAAAAUACAUCACCACGAUGAUCUUCCUGUAUUUUGCCUGCCUCCUGCCAUCCAUUGCCUUCGGGUCGCUCAAUGAUGAAAAUACACGAGGAGCUAUUGAUGUGAGGAAGACAAUCGUGGGGCAGUGCAUUGGGGGGCUGCUCUACGCCCUCUUCUCGGGGCAACCUCUGGUUGUCCUCCUUACCACAGCUCCUCUGGCCCUCUACAUCAACGUCAUCCGAGGAAUCUGUGAUGACUACAACUUGGAUUUCAGUGCUUUCUAUGCCUGGAUUGGACUGUGGAACAGCUUCUUCCUCGUGAUGUACUCCCUCUUUAAUUUCAGCCUCCUGAUGAAGCUCUUUAAAAGGUCAACAGAAGAAAUAAUUGCACUUUUUAUAUCCAUCACGUUCGUGCUCGAUGCCAUCAAAGGCAUCACGAAAGUUUUUAAGAAAUAUUACUACUAUGGGCGCACAGGAGACAAUUACUUGGGAAAAGAAGGAGCUGAUGCUAUUCCAAGCCUCGGCAUCAAUACCACCUUCUUGAUGAAUUCAUCAGUGAGCAGAUCCAUGUCCCUAGAGAAUCAGACAUGCACCCAUGAUGUGCAUUAUGGGCGUGAAACUGCCGUCCUUAGUCUCAUGUUGAUGUUGGGUACCCUUUGGCUUGGCCAUACGCUCUAUCAGUUUAAGAAAAGCCCAUAUUUACACGCGAGAGUCCGUGAGAUUCUGUCCGACUGUGCCUUACCCAUUUCAGUCCUGACUUUCUCUGUUGUGGGUUCCUACAUCUUCAAGGAAAUCGAAAUGUCCAGGUUUAACUACCACACGUCCGACAGCCUGUUCGUGCUGGCGCCCGUGCAGUCGCUGUCCAUCGGCUCGGUGAUGAGCGCCAUGGGCCUGGGCUUCCUGCUGUCCAUGCUCUUCUUCAUCGAGCAGAACAUCGUGGCCUCGCUCACCAACGCCCCGGAGAACAGGUUGGUGAAGGGCACAGCCUAUCACUGGGACCUCCUGCUGGUCGCGCUGAUCAACACGGGGCUGUCGGUGUUCGGCCUGCCCUGGAUCCACGCGGCCUUCCCGCACUCCCCCAUGCACGUCCGGGCCCUGGCCUACGUGGAGGAGAGGGUGGAGAGUGGGCACAUCUACGAGACGAUCGUGAGUGUGAAGGAGACGCGGCUGACGAGCCUGGUGGCGAAUUUCUUGGUUGGGCUGUCGCUCCUGCUCCUGCCUUUCCCUCUCCAGUGGAUCCCAAAGCCGGUCCUCUACGGCCUCUUCCUCUACAUUGCCCUGACCUCCAUUGAUGGGAACCAGCUCUUUGAGAGGGUGGCUCUGCUGCUCAAGGAACAGACCGCGUAUCCGCCGACCCAUUACAUCCGCAGAGUGCCCCAGAGGAAGAUCCACUACUUCACCGGCCUGCAGGUCCUGCAGCUCCUCAUCCUCUGCGGCUUUGGGAUGUCCCCGCUGCCCUACAUGAAGAUGAUCUUUCCCCUCAUCAUGAUAGGGAUGAUCCCCAUCAGGUAUAACCUGCUCCCGAGGAUCAUCGAAGCCAAGUACCUGGAUGCCAUGGAUGCAGAGCACUAAAGGGGGGGCCCUCCCCACGUGUGGAGCAGCAAGGACAGCCAGCCCUUUUGGAGCGGGAACAGGCGGCUUUCCCGAGGCGCAGGACAAUCCCACGCACUUCUUUCCUUCCCCACUUUUCUCUCCGCUCUAACGCCUGUCAGAGACCACGGGAAUG